AUGAAUUCAUUCCAGCUGCCACUGGCGCCUUCGGUUGUGUACACUUUAAAUGGAGGUGGUGAAAAUGGCAAUGCUAAUGCCAAUAAUAGUAGUAGUAGUAAUGGUGAUGUUGAUUUUGAUGAUGAUGAUGAUGAUGAUGAUGGUAUGCCCAAGCUAACAUAUUCACCCCAAAACCACCCGCACAGCUCGUAUAGACAGAAUAACAUAUUCACUUCACCCAAGACAUAUCAACAGAAUACGUUUAUAGAUUGGAGUCGCGAGAAACUACUCAUUCCACAUCAUAAUUCCUUGGGAAAAUCGAUAUCUUCUCAUCUCAAUAUUUCUGAGAAAUGGUUCACGGUAUUGAUACUGGCGAUCGUUCUUGGUUAUAUCACAGCAGCAUUGGAUUUGGUUUCUGUGUUGUUAAACGAUGCAAAAAAGGGUUUAUGUUUUACAACGGGGGAAAAUAGUCAAUGGAGUUUAUUGAAUCCGUAUCUGACAUGUUCUAGUGAUGGUUGGUACAGUUGGCUGAGAUUAUUGUUUGGAUUCACUGGUAUAGCAAGUAAUGCAUUUGUUAACUUCCCCAUAUACUUAUUGUUUGCCAUUGUGUUUGUUCUCAUUGCAUCAUAUUUGACCAUUAAUAGAGAACAUUCUAUUCGGCAAUCAGGUAUACCAGAGAUAAGAUUGAUUAUAUCUGGUUUCAAUAUGAACUUAGCAACCUAUCUCGGAUUGAAGACAUUGUUGUAUAAGAUUCUCGGGUUGACGCUUGUUGUUAGUUCAGGAUUAUGGUUGGGCAAAGAAGGUCCCUUGGUUCAUGUUUCAUGCUGCAUUUUCAAUAUAAUUUACGAAUUUGUCAUCAAUUUCAAGACAAAGGGAUUCACCGUAAAUAGAGCCAAUGAAGCUAUAAGAAGAGAAAUAUUGAGUGCAGCCACAGCAACGGGGAUAUCUGUAGCUUUCAACUCUCCUAUUGGUGGAGUGUUAUUUGUUUUGGAAAGUAUGCCCAGUUACUUUGAUCCAACAAAGAUCAUGUGGAUUUCAUUUGUCUCUGCAACAAUAGCGAUUAUUGGACUAACUGGAUUUAACUCAUUUACAGAUGGCAAGGGGAAUUUUUUGGAACAGGAUCUAUUUCAAGUCAAUUUUGGUAAUUUUAGUUGGUUAUUUAUGGAGGUUGUACCAUUUGCCAUCCUUGGUUUUAUUGGUGGAGUUUACGGGUUUUUAUUUAUCAACUUGAAUCAGAAAUUUCAACAAAGGCUGAUUCGUCAAAAGGUGCAAAUGAAAUUGGCUAGUUUAGUUAAAGCUGAUGUUAAAUGGGGACCAUACUUGGAGAUUUUAACUAUUCUUUUAAUCACAACAAUUUUGAACUUCCCAUUAGAGAUUUGUAAAUUGCCAAUGAAUGCUUAUUUGAAACUAUUAUUCAAGGAAUGUCCCAAGGCAAAGGCAGUUGAAGGACAAUCAAACGCCACUGAUUUCUUAUGCCAAGCGUCGAAUGGAGCCACAUUGGUCAAACUACUCUAUAUCAUAAUCCAAGGCUUUUUCUUGACAAGUUAUACAUUUGGAGUUGAUCUUCCUGGAGGGGUAUUAAUGCCAUCUUUGGUCCUAGGAGCCAGUACAGGAAGAUUCAUGGGAAUCUUGAGUCAAAUUUUGCAAUCAAAAUUCAAAUGGGACUCCUUUGCUACAUGCACAGAGAAAUCGUGUGUUGUUUCCCCAUCUUCUUAUGCAGUUAUCGGGGCAGCUUCGUUUAUGACAGGUAUCACCAAGCUUACCAUGUCAGUUGUAGUCAUUAUGUUUGAAAUGACAGGUGCCGUGUCGUAUGUUUUGCCUAUUAUGUGCGGAGUAAUGACUGCAAAAUUUGUUAACGAUUGGCUCUCGCCUUCGAACAUCUACGAUACCUGGUUACAGAACAAUUUCAACCAAAGUGGUAGUACCGACUUUGCGGGAGAGGUCAAUGAAGGAAAAGGUACUGGUUUAGUUUCAUUUUCAAAUUUGACAACAACGAUUAAAUCCAAACUUCCCGAUGUUACGGUGAAAGCGUUGAUGAAGCCCUUGCUGGAUGUUAAAUGUUUGUGCUUGAUCAACGAAGAGGAACAACCAUAUACUGCUUUUUCUUUGUUGAGCUUUAUCCAAGAUGAUUGUCAUGAGGGUUACCCGUUAAUCGUGAACCACAACAAUCCAAUAUACAUUGGAUACACAUACAAAACAGAGCUACUCAAAAGGCUCAGUACAAUAGACCAAAGGGAUUCUUUUCAACCAAUAUCCUUUCAAGUGGACAAAUUACCAAAAAGUGCGUUAUCGAUGCAAUUACAUUAUGAACGUAAACUUGCCAAUUUUAUAGAUUUGAGUCUCACGGUUGAGCCUUCAAUAUUAUACACAAACGACUUAUCACCAGCAAUACUCAUCCUUGAAGAAUUUGAAAAACUACAUUUAAACCACUUGGUCAUACUCGAUCCUGAUAAUACAAACGACGAAAUAAUGUCAGGAUUUAUCGAUAGAUUUAUUCUUGCACGUACUAUAAACGAUAAGUUUGGCAAGUUGGCCAAUGGAUUGAACGAUUUCAAAACUAUAAAUGAGUACAAUCUACAAACUACCGGGAGAAUCGAACAUUAUGGAGAAGAACAAGAAGGAGAAGAUGAUGAUGAAUUCAUGAUGCUACGCUUGCAGAGAAAAAGCAUCGAGUUGAUUACAUAA